AAUGCCGGUUAUCGGCAUUCCUCUCCUUACGAGUUGUCACGCUGACAGCUCGGGGGACAUCCUGAUCAGUGUACCCUGACGAUCAGUGUAGCCCCAUCAGUGCCACCUGUCAGUGCCCAUCAAUUCCACCUGUCAGUGUCCAUCAAUGCCACCUGCCAGUGCCCAUCAGUUCCACAUCAAUGUCACAUAUAAGUGCCUACAAGUGCACAUCAAUGCCACAUAUCAGUGCCCAUCUGAGCUGCCUUUCAGUGCUACCUAUCAGUGCCAGUCAUUGCCGCCUAUCAGUGCUGCCAAUCAG